AUGUCCCUCAAAACCUAUUGCUUGUAUCAGCGACUGAUCUCUCUACAGACUACCGCGCACGAGCUAGCACGCGUCGUGCCGCCAACACACAGAGUUCUCCUCACCGAGCCUCACAGCCACUUUCACCACCUUUUCACAUUCCCACGAUUUGCAAUUGUCCCAGGACAGGAGCAUAAAGCAUUCAUUCCCUACAGCGGAAUUUUCAACUCUUCACCCAAUCCCACAGCCCAUGGCGUUGUUCAAGCUCGCGUGCUUUCCGUGAAACCAAACCACAUCGAGCUGGACCGCGAGUGGAAUGGCUCAAAGCAGAUCUCCUUCGACUAUGUCGUGCUUGCCACGGGCACGCGUCUCUCAAAGCCCGCAGCAAUGGUGAAUGACGACAAGCCAUCAUCGGUCGACUAUCUACAGGAGCAUCAAGCCGGCGUCAAGCGGUCCAACUCGAUUUUGAUUGUCGGCGGCGGUGCUGUCGGCGUCCAGAUGGCUGCCGAUCUCAAAGAAUUCUACCCGGAGAAGGAGGUGACGGUCGUGCAAUCUCGCGAUCGAGUGAUGCCUAAUUUCCACCCGGGCCUUAAUGAAUUAAUCAAGCGACGCUUCGAUGAGCUCGGUAUUCGCCUUGUCACUGGAUCGCGGGUGACGAUUCCAUCAGGUGGUUUCCCCAAUGAUGGAAGUACUUUCCAGGUGCAGCUCACCAACGGAACUACCGAGUCUACACAAUUUGUCAUUUUGGCGACGGGUCAGACCCCAAACAACCAGCCUGUCGCUGAUCUGAAGCCGUCUCAACCUGACGGAGAAUCAAUCAUCAACCCCGAUAAUGGCUUCAUUCGAAUUCGACCUACCAUGCAGUUCUUGGAUGAACAGUACUCGAACAUGUUUGCUGUGGGCGAUAUUGCAGACACUGGCGCACAGAAGGCCGCUAGACCCGGCUCAGCACAAGCUGCAGUCGUUGCAAAGAACAUUGCUUCUUUGAUUGAAGGGAAGAUCGCAGAUGAGACAUUUGUCAAGGGGCCUGGAGCUAUUCAUUUGACACUUGGCAUGAAGCAGAAUGUGAUUUUCCGCAAUCCCAACACAGCGGAGGGACAGACUGAGCCUUGGAUUAAUUUGAAGGAAGAUGGCCGGGAGGAUAUGAAUGUUGAAGCUAUGUGGGAAAGACUAGGCAUCUCGGUCGAGAACCCUCGCCAAUAUCACCUGUGA